CAGAUCUUUACGCACGCCCUGAUCUCCUCCACAGAGCAGAUCAGAACCGAACAGAACAACAGAAAGUCCUCCUGACAGUGGGAAGUUUUCACCAGAAGAUUCUGAGUGAAAAAUUAAUCACCUUCAUGUCGACUCUGUUGGAUACUAACCCGCCGAUGCUAUGGUUACCUUUAUUACGAUUUUGCAGGUGAAUCUAGUGAUGUCCAUCCUGCUGUAUAUGAUGUUCCUUGUGUACCUCUAUGGUAUCCAGGCAACCAACAUGAACAGCAGCCACCAUGGACAGCAGCAGCAGCCAAGUCCUGACCCUUUAAACUCUCUCAUAAUCCAGCUGCUGCAGGCUGAUCUGACCAGAGGGAGGACCCGGGGGAACUACAGCCAGCAGGGAAAAAGCAGGGAUAUGGCCCUGCAGGAAACACUGCCUCCUCUCCCUGAUGUGGAGCACUGGGGAUCCUGGGGUCGUAGCGGCGGUAGCAGUAACGGUGCCGUCGAGCAACAGGUGAUGCUGUUAAACUCAGAUCUCCUCAGGAAGCAGAAGCAAUACAGUUCACCUCGGGUGCUGCUGAGCGACCGGCCACCACUACAGCCACCGCCGCUCUACUCAGCUGAUGACUUUGUAAGCGGUGGACCAGACAGGGGCGCAAUGGGGAACAGGACGCGUAGGAAGCGCAACACUGGACACAGGAGCUACCGUGGGGAAUAUUCUGUCUGCGACAGUGAGAGCCAGUGGGUGACGGACAAAGACCACGCCGUGGACACCAAAGGAGAACCCGUGAUUGUUCUAGCCAAAAUCAAAACUAGCGCCACGCAGGACGUCAGACAAUUCUUUUACGAGACGCGCUGUCGGACCCCGGGAACCAGUAAAGGAGGCUGCAGGGGGAUCGAUGACAAGAACUGGAAUUCUCAAUGCAAGACGACACAGACGUAUGUCCGAGCCCUAACACAGGCUCAGAAUAAAGUGGGAUGGAGGUGGAUACGCAUAGACACUUCCUGUGUGUGUGCAUUGUCACGGAAACGCCGUAAGACGUAAGCAAAACUAAGAAAAAAUGUUCUGGGAGCUGCCUGCCUGGAAUUCUACUUCCUGUACAGGAUUUUACUUCCACCACAGGAUUCCAUGUGACAGUUACAUUACAAAUGACGAUUCUCUUGGAGGAAUCUUGGGUCCAUUUACAUAAUAUUUCAAUUCACUGUGCUGCAAGUUGUUGUUGGAAGAACUGUAUUGAGAUGGGCGGGGUGGGGGGUAGGAUGCUGUACAUAUAAAUUAUUUAAAUUAUAUGAAAUGCGUGUAGUAAAUACAUGUUUAUCUAUCUAUAUAUGACGUAUGAAUAUAUUUGUGUUAUUUAUUGAAAGAUAUUCCAAAAACCUUUUUUUAAAAAAAGAAGAAAACAAGUUAAAAACUCACUUUGAGACUAUGAUGCAAGGCUGCAAAGGUGCUUGACGGUGAGACUUUAUACGUGCCUUGACCAGUGUGGUGAGUAGGACACUGUGACAGUGGUUGCCGUAAAAGUGUUAGCGUUGACCAUAAAACGUUAACAUUGGGGACUGUUCUUGUCCAAAUGACCAACACUGAGCCUAGUUCAGAAAAUACAACCCGCAGAUUCCACAUGUGUUAACACACGUUUGAUUAUUUACCAGGGUCUACUUUCACAAUGCUAUGCACGGCUAGUCCACUCAUUCCAGACAGUUUUGACAAUCAGAAACAGGAAAUUCUUCUACAAGUCUUCAGAUCAACAGCAAUCUAGUGAAAUCACAACUUCCUUUGAAAACCCAUAUUUUUAAACAGAGUAGUGCUGUAUUAACAAAAAGUACCUCAAAUGAUGUUGGUGCCACAGGUCAAAUUAUCCACACCAUAAUAUAUUUAGUCCUUUUAUUAAGUAAAACACAUUUUUUUCCUGAUCUGCGUGCAGUCAUGAUGUUUUUUCCAAAAUGA